AUGGCAGCUCAGCUCAACACGCUGAGGAGAGGAGGGGGAGACCGACAGGAACCCUUCAGAGACCCUAAGGGAGACACAAACAUGGACGGAUACACGCUGACAGACUCAGCCAAGCUCGGCCCCACCCCUCCUCCUCCCCCCGCCAACCCCAGUGUCACCCCGUCUGUGCCCCCCCUCACCACCACCAGCAGCAGUGGCAGUAAUGGCAAGCGCACCCCCUCCAGUGCCCAGCAGCAGUCCCAGCCCUCGCCCGCCCAACAGCGUUACCCGCCAAGAGAGAUCCCUCCGCGCUUCCGCCAGCAAGAGCACAAGCAGCUGCUGAAGAGGGGUCAGCCGCUGCCCCCCGGGACCCUUGCAACUGUACCAGGACGCCCCGAACCUGACUCGAGUCAGAUAUUCUCUGGUGCAUCGCACACAGAGCUGCCCCCACAGAGUGGCCCGGGAGCUCAGUAUGAGAAUCCUCACUUGGGACACCAGCCUGCCAAUCGGAGUGCCACUUCCACCUCAGCGUCGGCCAAUCACAGUGGCUGGGAUACAGUGAUCAUCGACGAGAGUGACACCGAGGCCUGGCCCUCCAUUUCCCGCAGCAGCCAGAGCCAGGGCCAGGGCCCUGCAGGAGGAUGCCCCUCGGACACUGACCUUGUUGGUCCGGCCAGCAGCAGCAGUAUGAGCAUGGCCACGGGGGCCAACGGCCAGACAGGCCACUUUCCUGCCAACUACCCCAGCAGCAAAGGAGCCAGCUCUGGGCCCGGCGGCUCAGCCAAUCACCCCGGGGCAGGCGUGGUCGGCAUGGCAUCCGGCCAGGGAGCAGCCAAUCGGGGCUGGGGAUCUGGUCCCGGUCCCUCCACCCAUGGCCCUCCUCAGUCCUCCUCUGUCGGGGGUGGGGAGGGGAAGAGCGACGGCCCAAUGGGAGGCGGGGGAGGCAGGGGUUGGGGCUCCUCUUCCUCCAACUUUAACUUGAACCUGAACCCCAACGCCAACCCCUCGGCCUGGCCCGUGCUGGGGCACGACGGGGGCGGAGGAGCAGGGGGAAGCAGCUCAGGGGGAGCCAACCCCAACCAACCCCCUUCUUCUCAACCCCCUCCUAACCUCUGCAACCCACCAGGCACCUCUCCCGCCCAGGGGAACGGCAACAGAGGAGGAACCAUGGGGGGCGGCGCCGCCAACGGCAACCUGCCAGUAGGGGGAGGCAGCACAUGGGGAGAACCAUCUGAGCCACACCCCUCCUCGUCCACGAAUGUGUCUUUCAGCUCAGAACCUCAGAACCUUAACACUGACGGACCAAAUCAUGCAAGCAAGCAACAGGAGCCCCCCAUCCACAGCGUGCCCGGCUGGGGUGGCCCCUCCGGGGGCAUGGGCUCCCUGGGCCAGCCUCCUCCUGGAGCUCCCCAGCUGGUCAACGGAGAGGACGGCAGCUCCGUCUGGGGCAGCAAUGGAGACUCCAAGUCAGUCGCCUCCUCCGCAGAGGCUUCGGGCUGGGACUCUGGGGCCGGUGGCUGGGGGAGCCAUGGAAGCAGUGGUGGGGGAACCUCUGGAGGCUGGGGAGGCCAGAGAAGCGGAGACGGCUGGGGGAAGCAGCAUUCUGGCGAGGGCCAGGGAGGCUGGGACGCCCCCAGCUCUCCUCCCCAGCAGGCCAGCUCCUGGAGCACCCGAGCACCUAGCACCGCGGCGGCCAGCGAGGGCAGCAGCGAGGGCAUGGACGGAGCAGGACACUCCCGCCGACAGGACCAGUCGUCCAGGGAUGAGCCUGCCCCCCUGCUCCCUGCCCCUGACCUGGACCCCAGGGUGCUGUGCAACACAGGCUGGGGCCAGACACCCGUCCGCCAGCACACGUCCUGGGACAUGGAGGAGGCGGCACGCACCCAACGAAAGGCAGACGCUGCCGGGACGGACUCCUGGGGAGGCUCUGGCCCCAACACCCCCACCGAGCCAGUCCAAGGGCCAUCCAACCCCAACCACGGCCCCCCUCACCGGGCUGACCCCAAGAGUGAGGGUCCCGGGCCCGGUCCUCAGGCUGCCCCUGGCUGGGGUGGUUCCAUGCCUCCAGCCAGCCAACCUGGCUCUGGCUGGGGCGAGCCACAGAGCAGCAAGAAUCCCCCCAAUGGUCCCGGAGGCUGGGGGAACCCCCCACCAGGAGGCCCCGGGCCAGGCCCCAACAUGCCCAAAGCUGGGAGCCAGUCCUGGGGAACUCCAGAGGAGAAGUCCCCAAGCUGGGAUGAUCCCCACAGCAAGGCCCCCAAGCCCCAGGGCUGGGGAGAUGGGCCCAAGCCGUCCCACAGCGGCUGGAGCAACAGCGCUGGAGGAGGGGGCAAUGGAGGUGGAGGUGGAGGAGACUGGGGAGAGCCUGCAGAUGGCAAGAAGAGCAGCCCCACCACGAACCCUCCCUGGGAGGGAGAAGGAGCAGGAGGCUGGAAAGAGAGCAACCGAGGCUGGGGAAAGCCUGGUCCGGGGGUGGUGGGAAAUGUUGGAGGAGGUGGAGGCUGGGGAGAGCCAGCGAUGGCCCUGCAGCGCCCAAGCGGCCCUGCCCAAGGAUGGGGCGGCAAGCCCCAGGAGAGCUCCAAUGGCAACAGCGGAGGAGUUAGAGGCGGUGGAGAAGGGAGCAUGGGAUCCUGGGGAGGCCCUGGCCCCGUGAAGCCCAGUGGAUCAGGCCAGGGGGGCAUCGGUGGAGGAGGAGGGGGCAAGCAGGACCCCUCAGGAGGAGAGCCCACGGGGUGGGAGGAACCUUCCCCACCCUCCAUCCGACGCAAGAUGGAGAUUGACGACGGCACCUCGGCUUGGGGCGAUCCAGGCACCUACAACAAGACGGUCAACCUCUGGGACAAGAACAACCCUGGGGGAGGAGUGCCACCCCAAGGUAGACCUCCAGGGAACGCCCCCCCAGGCCCCCCUGGAAACAACAACAACAACCACCCCCACCCACCACAUCACCCUCCCCACCAUCCUCACGCCUACCACGGCCCUCCACCACCCCUCCAGAGCCAUGUGGGCCACAACCCCCAGGGCUCAGGCCAGAACAGUGGGCCCAUGGACCCAGCCGUGCCUCACCAGACUGCACCUCCACCACACAGCAGACCACCCCUCAUGGGUCCAGGCUGGAGGGAGCUGUCCAGUGCCCACCCCAAACCAGAGCCCUCCUGGGGGGAGCCUGCACCCCCUCCGGUCAGCGUGGACAACGGGACCUCCGCCUGGGGGAAACCCACCGGGAGCCAUGGGGGCUGGGGCGGGGGUGACAACAGCCCCGAACCCUACAGACGGGGCAACCCACCCCUGGGAUCUGCACCUUGCAAACCAGCUCCCAAAUCUAUGCAAGACGGCUGGGGAGGCGGAGGCGGCGGUGGAGGGGAGGACAUGGGUCUGUCCGGGGGCCAGUGGGACCCUGACGAUGGGGACAUGUGGAGCAGCCAAGCCUCCCAGGAGAGCAAUUCCUGGGGCAACAGACCCAGGAAGGGCCCACCCAAGGGGAAGAUGCCGGGCAAGCAGGAGGAAGCCUGGAUCAUGACUCGCCUGAUCAAGCAGCUGACAGACAUGGGCUUCCCUAGGGAUCCAGCCGAGGAGGCUCUGAAGAGGAACAACAUGAACCUGGACCAGGCCAUGAGUGCUCUGUUGGAGAAGAAGACAGAGCUGGACAGGCGGGGGAUGGGCAUGUCCGACUACAACAACGGUCUGAUCAACAAGGGGCCAAUGGGCUGCCGGCCUCCGCUCCUCUCCAAAGAGUCCUCCUCAGAUCGCUCCCCUUUCCUCGACAAGGACGGUGUUGGUAGCCUGGUGGAGGACGUCCACACCUCCUCACCGUUUAUGCCUUCCCCUGGCCCCCUCGGCCUGAAACUCCCAUCUCUGUCCAGCCAGGGCCUGGGCGGCCCACAGGGCCUAGCCAUGCAAAACUUGAACAACAGACAGAUGCAGAGUGGAAUGUUCGGCAGUAGCGGAGCAGCACAAGCCCGGUCCAUGCAGCAGCCUCCUCCUCAGCCGUCAGUGCCGCCUCUCGGCUCCUCCCAGCCUAGUCUACACGCUCAAGUGCCUCAGUUUCUCUCCCCUCAGGUUCAAGCACAGCUCUUACAGUUUGCAGCAAAAAACAUUGGUCUGAAUCCUGCACUUUUAACCUCACCAAUAAACCCUCAACAUAUGACCCUUUUGAACCAACUAUACCAGCUGCAACUGGCGUACCAGCGUUUACAAAUUCAGCAGCAGAUGUUGCAGGCUCAGCGUAAUGUUUCUGGCCCCAUCCGACAGCAAGAGCAGCAAGUUGCACGUACAAUCAAUAACAUGCAGCAGCAGAUCCAACAGCACCAGAGACAGCUGGCCCAGGCCCUGCUGAUGAAGCAGCAGCAGCAGGCCCCCGGCUCCCUCUCCUCCUCCGGCCUGCACCACGGCCAAGGCAAAUCAGCCCUGGACUUGUUCCCAGGCCACCCCCAGGCUCCGGGCCUACCCGACCUGCAGACCAAAGAGCAGCAGUCGUCCCCCAACUCCUACAGCCACUACCCUCUCUGUGAGUGGGGACUCUGUUCCACAACAUGCACAACACAUAGCAGUUCCACUGUGCUUGUUUGUGCUUUGGACAGUUGUUGACGUAAAAAGUGCAAUAUAAAUACAUUUGAUUGAUUGAUAGCAGGACAGGGACUGGGUAUGUUAUCAUUGUUACAGGUCCCAGAUGAUUGAUUGGAUUUAUAUAAAGUACCAUAGCAACAAAGUGCAAAACAAGAAACUAGUGAUUCAUCCUUAAUGCUUUAUUGACUUGUCU